AUGUUGAAAACAGGAUCCUUAGUUACUUUACUCCUUCUCGGGCUAAUUUCUUACCAGGCCUAUGCAGAGAGAGUUAGUUUCAGACCAUAUGUUAUUGAUAUUCCAACAACACCAGAGGACAAUCAAUUCCUGGAAUAUAUCAGUCAAUUCAGUAAAAGCUACACCAGCACUAGUGAAUUCAACCUUAGAAAGGAGAUCUUCAAAAGGAACCUUAGAUUAAUUAAUAUGUACAAGUCAAGUAACUACAAGAUGGGACUAAAUUUCUUCGCAGACUUUACUCCUGGUGAGAUCUUCGCUAGACUCAAGUAUGCAGAUCAUAAAACCUAGGCAAAGUCGGAUACAGAAGAUCAGCCUAAACUUGAAAAACCUCUAGACAUCCCCUAGUCAGUCAACUGGGUUUAAUUAGGUGCAGUCUCUGCUGUUAAGGAUUAGGGCUAAUGUGGUGCUAAUUGGGCUUACGCUGCUGCAUCAGCCAUUGAGAGUGCCUAUUAUGUUAUGUACAGAGAUAAGUUGACUGAAUUAUCAGCUCAGUAAUUAAUAGAUUGUGUACCUUAAACUGCUGGUAAUGGAUGCGGCACGGUAUAAUCUAUUGACGAUGUAGUUAGUUAUCUUAAAUUAAAUGACAUGGAGAAAGAGUCAGACUAUCAAACGCAGGCCAAGAGUGGAGAUGCCUGCAAUUAUGACAAGAAUAAGAGAGCAGUAAAGAUUUACUAACCCCCAUUGUAUCCAACUGCAAAUAGCCAAAGUGCUCUCAUGAAAGCUAUUGUUGAAGGACCAGUUCUAGCUGAAAUUAACGCUGAUAUCCCUUUCAUUUUCUAUCAAUCUGGAAUCAUAGACGCUGACGACUGCACUACCUCUCAUAUUCACCCAGUCCUUGUUGUAGGAUAUGGAGUCGAGGGCAAUAUCACUUACUAUUUAGUUAAAAACUCCUGGGGAUAAACUUGGGGAGAAAAAGGUUAUGCUAGAAUAGCUGCCAAAGGAGAUGGUCCAGGUGUUUGCGGAAUCCAAAAUAGACUUACCUUCUUCAUAGCUGAUAAUUCAGAUUCUUGA